UGAAAUGAUAGCAGUAAUUCUAGGAGUACCCUUGUGGAGAGUAUGGAAACGAGAAGUCUCCAGGUCGUCGCUGUUGACAUGGGCUGAACUUCCGCCACUCGGAGCACAUCUAGAAUUCAUGAGAUCGAGACACAUAGGGCACGUACUAAGGCAGAAGGAGAACACACUUGACCGGAAGGCACUCAACGGAGUAUUUCUCACGGAUCGAGCUGACGACACCGAAGGAAGGCAGACAUUCUUAAGGUCAGCGGUAUCCGACAGGUCCCUUGACACUGACGAUAAACGGACUGGCUCUCUGAUGGAAGAUUAUAAAGCGCAUGCUGCAGACUGCACUGAUGGACGCAUAGGCUACAUUGAGGGCCUACUUAAGC